AUGGUUCUGCACCAGUACGACUACCUCUUUGCCAUCGGCACCAUCUUUGCCGGGCUUGACGCCUGGAACAUUGGUGCCAACGAUGUGGCCAACUCGUGGGCGACUUCGGUCGCUUCGCAGUCCGUGACCUACCUCCAGGCCAUGCUGCUCGCCUCCGUCAUGGAGUUUGCCGGUGCCGUCGGCGUGGGUGCUCGUGUCGCCGACACCAUCCGUACCAAGAUUGUCGAUAUCGACCAGUUCGAGACGAACCCGGAACUUCUCAUGCUUGGCAUGGUCUGCGCCGUCGUCGCCUCGUCCCUUUACCUCACCUUCGCUACGAGGAUCGGUAUGCCCGUGUCGACCACUCACUCUAUUCUCGGUGGUGUCAUUGGCAUGGGUGUUGCGUCUCUGGGUGCUGACGGUGUCAUGUGGGUCAGCGACACCGGCUCUAUCAACUCGGGUGUGGUUCAGGUUUUCCUCGCCUGGAUCAUCGCUCCCGGCCUCGCGGGCUGCUUCGCCGCCAUCCUCUUCCUGAUCACCAAGUACACCGUCAUGGUCCGCAGCAACCCCGCCAUUUGGGCUCUGCGCGUUGUCCCUGCCUACUUUGGCCUGACUGCCAUGCUGCUCACCAUGUUGCUCCUCUGGAAGGGCGGCGGAUACGAGGUCACCCUCACCGAGCCCGAGAUUGCCGGUACCAUUGUCGGUGUUGGUGCCGCCUUUGCGCUCUUCAUCGGCGUCACCCUGACCCCCUGGAUGUACCGUGUCGUCAUCAAGGACGACUGGCAGCUCCGCUGGUACCACAUCCCGAUGGGCCUGCUCCUGCUCCGCCGCGGCGAGGUCCCGCCCCCGCCUGAGGAUCUCGACACCGGCGUCAAGGACUACUACGAGGGUCGCCUCACCAAGGAGCAGCUCGACGCCCGCAAGGCUGGUGAGCGUGACGAUGUCGAGGUUGUCGGCGAGGGUAACCAGGAGAAGACCAAGAACGCCGAGGGUUCCGAUGCUGCUUCGACCGAGCGCACCGGCCAGAGCCCCCUGACCAACGUCCGCAAGGCUCCCAAGAAGCUCGUCGGCCCCAAGCCCGAGGGCAAGUGGUACCAAGGCCACGUCCUCUUCUGGUACUUCAAGUUUGCUCUGCUCCGCGGUCUCGACCAGGAGGUCGUCCACGCCAAGAGCACCAACGACAAGCUCGCCGGCAACCUCGAGGAGGUGCACGCCCACGCGCAGCACUUCGACAACCGGACCGAGUACAUGUACAGCUUCCUCCAGAUCAUGACUGCCGCUACCGCCUCUUUCGUCCACGGAGCCAACGAUAUCGCCAACGCCAUCGGCCCCUACGCCAGUGUCUUCCAGAUCUGGAACGAGACCCCUCUCGGCAGCAAGUCCGAGGUCCCCGUUUGGAUUCUCGUCUUCGGCGCUGCCAUGUUGGUCAUCGGUGUCUGGACCUACGGCUACAACAUCAUGCGCAACUUGGGUAACCGCCUGACUCUGCAGUCGCCCUCUCGUGGUUUCUGCAUGGAGCUCGGCUCUGCCAUCACCGUCAUUCUCGCUACCCGCCUGAAGCUCCCCGUCUCCACCACCCAGUGCAUCACUGGCGCCACCGUCGGUGUCGGUCUCUGCUCCGGCACCUGGCGCACGGUCAACUGGCGCAUGGUCGCCUGGAUCUACCUCGGCUGGAUCAUCACUCUCCCUGUCACCGGUAUCAUCUCGGGCUGCCUGAUGGGUAUCAUCAUCAACGCCCCUCAGUGGGGUAAGGUCAGGGCCUAA